ACAGAAUCCGUUUAAACCUCCUCCUCCUGCUCCUCGGAUCCAGUCCUGACCCCCAGCCCCAACAUGGCGGGUCGUGGAGCCGGCGUGAUGUGUUCACGCUCCAGGUCGAGAUUCGAGCCCGGGCCGACCACCGACCCACCGCGUGGGCUGCAACCCGCGUCCGAGCAGCGUGCUCCGCAGAAGAGGACCAGAUGUUUCCUCCUGACCAGGACAAAGACCCGCCACAUCCCCGAGGAGCCGCAGCGGGACUCUGAGCGUCAGCCGCCCGCCAACAACAACAACAACGUGCCCUUCAUCAUCCACUGUCACAUCGGGAAAGAGAUCAAGCACAUCUGCAGCAACUGCCGGGGAGCGGAGCCGCUGGACGCUGAGGAGGUCGGGAGGUUGGCAGCGAUGCGCUCAGAUUCGCUGGUACCCGGCACGCACACGCCCCCCAUCCGCCGGCGGAGCAAAUUUGCCACCCUGGGACGUCUGUUCAAACCCUGGAAAUGGAGGAAGAAGAAGAGUGAGAAGUUCAAGCAGACCUCUGCAGUGCUGGAGAGGAAAAUGUCCACACGUCAGAGCCGAGAGGAGCUGAUCAAGAAAGGAGUUCUGAAGGAGGUUUAUGAGAAAGAAGGGAUGUCUCCGGCCAUACGAGAGGAGGUGAAGAUGGAGAACGGUCGUUCCCCGGUGCUCGGCUCCGGCCCGUCGGAGUCUGAAGGUACGGAGCAGAUGGAAGGAGCAGCAGCAGCUGUAGGUUCCCUGGACUUUCAGAUGACCAAUGAUGGUGCAUUUCAACAGGACCACGCCCAGAAGUCCAGCCACGCUCCACCCACUAAGAAGUCCGCUGUGUAUCCUGCUGACGGCGCCGAGUCACCGCUCUCCAGACCUCCGACGCUACACAAACAACCUCCUGCGCUACCACCCAAACCCUUCACCAGGCUACCCAAUCACAUGACAGACGGCGCCCCGGUCAAGUUGCCAUGUAUGUUGGGGAAGUUAUCUCCUCCUCUACCUCCAAAGAAGCUCAUGAUCUCCGUACCCGCCGGCAGCAUGGAGCCUUCCUCACUCGCCUUCCAGAAGUGCCCCGCCCCUGCCGGCCACACUCCAAUGGGCGGGCACUCGCUGCAGUACGGGACGCUGCCCAUCGCUCUCCACCCGCCCAGUCGAAUCAUCGAGGAGCUCAACAAGACGCUGGCGCUCACCAUGCAGAGGUUUGAGAGCUCCAUGAUGCACGCUGUUCCCACGGUGAUGAUCGAGUGCGACAACGACAAAGAGAACCUCCCAAGCGAGGCAGACUACGAGGACAUGCCGGGGAUGUACAAGGACGAGGAUGAGGAAGAGGAAGAUGAUGAAGAGGAGGAGGACGAGGAAGAUGACGACGAAGACGAGGAUGACACACUGUUUACAAGCACACUGGCCAUGAAGGUGUUACGAAAGGACUCGCUGGCCAUCAAGCUGAGUAACCGUCCGUCCAAGAGGGAGCUGGAGGAGAAAAACAUCCUGCCGCUGCAGUCGGACCAGGAGCGGUUCGAGUCCCGGCAACAGACGGCCACAAAACUGACCAGGCGGUUGAGUCAAAGGCCGACAGCUGAGGAGCUGGAGCAGAGAAACAUUCUCAAACCUCGAAAUGAUCUGGAGGAGCAGGAGGAGAAGAGAGAGAUCAAGAGACACUUGUCCAGAAAGCUCAGCCAGAGGCCGACAGUCGAGGAGCUGAGAGAAGCAAAGAUCCUCAUUCGCUUCAGCGACUACGUGGAGGUCGCCGAGGCUCAGGACUACGACCGGAGAGCAGACAAGCCGUGGACGCGGCUAACAGCUGCUGAUAAGGCUGCCAUCAGAAAAGAGUUAAACGAGUUCAAAAGCACAGAGAUGGAGGUGCACGAGUCGAGCAGACAUCUGACGAGGUUUCAUCGACCUUAAACCGGCCCAGUCGAACCUCAGCCAUGUUUUUUUUUUUAACUCAGACUGCUACUCGCUGCCCUCGUACUGCUACCUGCUACCUUCACCGGCCACAGAGUCAAACUGACGGACAGGACUCAACUCAACGGGAGUUUGAGCCGUCGCAGGAAAUGGAAGCAAGCAAACAAACAAAAACAAACUUCCAGAAGAAUUUGACUUUUGGCUGACGUCUCCUCUCGGUG